AUGCCAGGCAGCGGCCCCAGCGAGAGGAUGACGUGGCCUGGUCCGGCCCUCCCCGCGGCACCCCCAACGCGCCCUCUCUCCUCAGCCCCGGGGACACCGCCUCUCCCGCCCCUCACCCGGACCCGCAGCCUCAUGGCCAUGUCCCUGCCGGGCAGUAGACGGGCCUCUGCUGGAUCCCGCAGGCGCACCUCUCCCCCCGUGAGCGUGCGGGACGCCUACGGCACCUCCUCUCUCAGCAGCAGCAGCAACUCAGGCUCCUACAAGGGCAGCGACAGCAGCCCCACGCCCAGGCGCUCCAUGAAGUACACGCUGUGCAGCGACAACCAUGGUGUCAAGCCGCCCACCCCGGAGCAGUACCUGACGCCCCUGCAGCAGAAGGAGGUGUGCAUCCGGCACCUGAAGGCACGGCUGAAGGACACCCAGGACCGGCUGCAGGACCGGGACACGGAGAUCGAUGACCUGAAGACGCAGCUGUCGCGCAUGCAGGAGGACUGGAUCGAGGAGGAGUGCCACCGUGUGGAGGCGCAGCUGGCCCUAAAGGAGGCGCGCAAGGAGAUCAAGCAGCUCAAGCAGGUCAUCGACACCGUCAAGAACAACCUGAUCGACAAGGACAAGGGGCUGCAGAAGUACUUCGUGGACAUCAACAUUCAGAACAAGAAGCUGGAGACACUGCUGCACAGCAUGGAAGUGGCCCAGAACGGCACAGCCAAGGAAGACGGCGCUGGGGAGUCGGCCGGCGGGUCCCCCGCCCGCUCCCUCACCCGCAGCUCCACCUACACCAAGCUGAGUGACCCUGCUGUCUGCGGCGACCGACCCCCCGGCGACCACCCCGGGGCCUCUGCAGAGGACGGGGCUGACAGCGGUUUCGCGGGGACCGAGGACACGCUGAGCCGGACAGACGUGCUGGAGGCCAGCAGCCUGCUGUCAUCGGGGGUGGACUGCGGCCCUGAGGAGGGCUCGUUGCACAGCAGCUUCGGCCUGGGCCCCCGCUUCCCUGCCAGCAACACCUACGAGAAGCUUCUGUGUGGCCUGGAUGCCGGCGUGCAGGCCAGCUGCGUGCAGGAGCGCGCCGUCCAGACGGACUUCGUGCAGUACCAGCCGGACCUGGACACCAUCCUGGAGAAAGUGACCCAGGCCCAGGUCUGCGGAGCAGUCCCUGAAUCGGGGGACAGGGGCCCAGAGCCGGAGCCCCACCCCCCAGGGCCCAAAGACUGCAGCUCCGCCGUGGUGGUGACGGUGGGGGACGAGCUAGAGGCCCCGGAGCCCAUCACCCGGGGGCCGAGCCCACACCGGCCCGGUGCCAACCCCAGCCCAGGCCCAUCGGUGAGUGUGGCAUGCCCCGUGGAAGAGGAGGAGGAGGCGGCCGCUGAGAAGGAACCCAAGAGCUACUGGAGCCGCCACUACAUCGUGGAUCUGCUGGCCGUGGUGGUACCAGCCGUGCCCACGGUGGCCUGGCUGUGCCGCUCCCAGCGGCGCCAGGGCCAGCCCAUUUACAACAUCAGCUCCCUGCUGCGGGGCUGCUGCACUGUGGCCUUGCACUCCAUCCGCAGGAUCAGCUGCCGCUCGCUGGGCCAGCAGGGUCCAAGCCAGGCGGCCGGCAGCUCCCAGCUGUGA